AGAGUAGCCGCUGUUGUAAAACUGAAACGGUUGAUCGAGUCCGGGAAGUUGUUCGAUUGGGAGCGCAUUUACUGAUGUCGGGCAGUGGACGGUAAUCGAGUUCAAACGCAACAGGUUCGCACUCAACUACAUUUCAACUGAGCCAGUUCCGGCUACCGCUGGAAUGAGAAGGCUGUGAAGUGGAAACGGGCUGAGUGCGCGCUCUCUCUCUGUCUUGCCUGAAACUCUCAUGAAGAGACUGCAUGCGCAGGGAACAAUGACGUCUCCCACAAUUUGUCAAUAAGCGAACUGAUCGUGCUCCCAUUCCAAACGAAAGUGACAGAAUAUAACAAAUGGGCGUUCGAGAUUUGAGUCUGAUUUUGCUGCUCGGGUGUUCAGUGGUGUUUUGUGCGAGUGAUGUUUUCCUCCUAUCACCAGGGGACAGUUUCGACCCAGUCAACAUCGGGAACCUCUCUCAGACGAGUGAGAUGAAUAUAAUGACUUGUGCGAGGCAGUGCGCCUGGGACACGACUUGCGCGAUGUUUACGUUUAAUGCAACCCUCUCGGAAUGCCUGAGCGCGAGGCUUGGAUGGAACGGGGCAAGGCCCUAUAAUGACUCCAACAUAGCAACUGCUUGCGAAACCUUCUUACAAAAUACGAAUCUCUAUAACUUGAGGACUACGAUAUGUAGUAAGUGGUACACAAGGAUACUGGAUCCCAAUAUAGCAGUUCAAAAACCAACCAAGCAGCAUUCGACCGCUUGGAGAGGUUAUUCCAGAUUGGCUGUGGACGGCGGAGUGACAUCAAACUUUCACGCCAGGCUGCCAAGUUGUACGCAUACCAGAGAUAGGAAGAUCAACCCUUGGUGGAGCGUGGACUUGAAGAUCAAAUAUGAUAUCAAAGUCGUGGCAAUAACCAAUAGAGGGGACUGCUGCUCAGAAAGACUUUCCAACUUUUGCAUAUCGGUCGAUGCCGCCUUCCCGAAAACAGGGCUCCCUUAUAUCCAAACAGCUUCAAACGUUUGCUACAGCCAGAUUCCACCAAUGAAGCCAGGAGAAACUAGGUACUUUCUAUGCAGGCAGAAUCUGUUUGGUCGGUUUGUAGUAAUCUCUCUCGUGACGACGUCUAACCCGCUGACGUUAUGUGAAGUCAAAAUAUAUACUGGAGGAAGGCCAUAAUUCAGGUCGGUGUAAAGUAGAAAAUGUUCCGCUGAAAUAUGUGUCCGGUCCUAUUAUAUUGUGACGGAUUAUGGUACAUGUAUAUGGUUCUAGAGAGGCAAUGACCGUCAAUAGAGCAGAAUAGAAUACUUCGUUCCCAAGACAUUCUACUGACAGGCUUACUGGAAAAAAACGGUAUAUACAUGUUAUUAUCUCCAGAACGAUCUAAAAGGAUGAGUUUAUUACAAUAGGAGUAAACAUCCAUGGAUUGAAAAAUACCAAGGCACUGUUUUGAAAGGAUUUUGAAAUCAAAUCAUCAUGACAGCCGUUUUGUUUCUACCCGCCUGUUGCUAGCAGCUUAAUAAUAAUAAUAAUAAUAAUUUAUUAUAUUAAAAGUGCUUUUGAAUGAAAAUCAUUUGCAAAGCACUGUACAAUUUAAAAAACAACACAUAGUAAAAGAGAAAAAUUGUACAUAGAGAUUAAAACAUUCAUAGAGAUUAAAACAUUUAGGUUCUGGUGUCGAAGUGUUCAAUAAAAAGAUGAGUUUUGAGAUGUUUUUUGAAGGCGCUGGUGCCAAUGGGAUCACGCAUCCAGGCCGGAAGUGAGUUCCACAGCCUGGGUGCCAAGUUCCCCAGGCAACGGUCUCAGAAGACGCCCCUUGUCCGUGGUAUGGAAAGGAGCCAUUGGUCCUCGGAAGACCGAAACCUGCGGUCCGGGGAACGAAGACUGAGGAACUCCUUGAGGUACUCCGGGCUUUGGUCAUUAUGUAAGACUUGAUGCGUCAGCAGUAGCACUUUAUACUGGAUAUGUGAUCUCACCGGCAACCAGUGCAGCUCCUUAAGUAUAGGGGUGAUGUGUUCCCUCUUUUUGGUCUUACUUAGAAGCCUAGCAGCUGCAUUCUGAACUUUUUGUAGUCUUGAAAGUUCACACUCCGGUAGUCCUAAUAGUAAACUGUUUUGAAAAUCUAAUCUUGAUGUUACAAGGGCAUUAAUUACACGGGCACAAGUUUUAUUGUCAAGGUGUCUACGGAUCUUUGAGAUUUUGUGAAUUUGAAAAUAAGCACCCUUGACAACCUUUGACACUUGUUUAGACAUUUCCAUAUUUUCAUCGAAAUUUGCUCCCAGGUUCCUGACCAGGGCAGAAGCCUGGAUAGCGGAUGGUCCAAUGUUAAUGACCGGCAGUGGCUUGAGCUUCGACAGUUUACGUUUUGAAGCAACGAUAAGAAAUUCUGUCUUCUCAUCAUUGCCCUUGAGGUGGUUUAGGCCAAGCCACUUGCGUACAUCACUUACACACGCCUCAGCCCUGGCAACAGCAUCCUGGAGACCAUGUUCCGAAACAUGGAAGCUGUCGUACAGCUGGAUGUCAU